GACGAGACUGUACACUCAAGCCGACUUUGUCAGUCAGAUGUCAUACUAUGAUUCACACAUGUGUGUGUGCAUGGUUUUCUUCUACUCGCGUAAUCGCAUCGCAUGUAUGGCAUUCACAGGUUCAGUGCAAUGAAUGCAUACCACUUCCAUGACCUCUUCAGGCUCUUUCUUUGUUAGCUUGCAUAUACAUUCUUGAAAGCAGACUUUCACUCGUUGAAUUCACUAAUCUAGAUUCAUGGCCUCGGUUUAUCAAUCCCGCUCGAGUCCCGUUGCGCGCCAAGAUAUCCCAGGCUGCCAUUCACGAAAAAGAGUCCAUGUCCAUAGUUCCCAUUCACGAUACUCCAAUCCUCGGUAUGGCGACUCGUCCAAAGGUUGACAAGGCUGUAGAGUACGGAAACGCAGCAUCGUUUUGGGUCGAGUAUCCCUCAGGCUUGGUGGAUGUAUCUCGUUCUCGACAUGUUGACAACGAUGCGACACAUGGACCUAUCGCACCUCCAGCAGUGCUUCCCAGUCAAUUAGAUAUCCCUGUCGAUCGCGAGCGCAUGAUCAGAAUUGACAAAACAUCCAGUGCUAUUGUGAUUAUUGACAUGCAAAAGUACUCGCGCCAAGCUCAUUUCCAAUUCUCUUAUCCUAACGAUUACCGCUAG